CCUGACGCGGCCCCGGAAGAGCCUCGUCCUGGGCGGCGGUGGUACGGCGGUCGCCGUUAUGGCCACUGGGCUGGGCGGCUGACCGCCGGGCUAGGGGAGGGCCCAGGGCCCCGAAUCUCGGUGGCCGCUGCUUGAGCGCGACCUGCGCCAUGGCCUUCUCCGCUGCCUCCUCGGAGCAUUUCGAGAAGCUGCACGAGAUCUUCCGCGGCCUCCAUGAAGACCUACAAGGGGUGCCCGAGCGGCUGCUAGGGACGGCGGAGACCGAAGAGAAGAAGAAAUUGAUCAGGGAUUUUGAUGAAAAGCAACAGGAAGCAAAUGAAACGCUGGCAGAGAUGGAAGAGGAGCUACGUUAUGCACCCCUGUCUUUCCGAAACCCCAUAAUAUCUAAGCUUCGAAACUACCGGAAGGACCUUGCUAAACUCCAUCGGGAGGUGAGAAGCACACCUUUGACAGCCACAACUGGAGGCCGAGGAGACAUGAAAUAUGGCAUAUAUGCUGUAGAGAAUGAGCAUAUGAAUCGGCUACAGUCUCAAAGGGCAAUGCUUCUGCAAGGGACUGGAAGCCUGAACCGGGCCACCCAAAGUAUUGAACGUUCUCAUCGGAUUGCCACAGAGACUGACCAGAUUGGCUCAGAAAUCAUAGAAGAGCUGGGGGAACAACGAGACCAGUUAGAACGUACCAAGAGUAGACUGGUAAACACAAGUGAAAGCUUGAGCAAAAGUCGAAAGAUUCUCCGUUCAGUGUCCAGAAAAGUGACGACCAACAAGCUGCUGCUUUCCAUUAUCAUCUUACCGGAGCUCGCCAUCCCGGAAGGCCUGGUUUACUACAAAUUCGUUCGCAGCCAUUGAACUUCUAUAGGGAAGGGUUUGUGGACCAGAACUUUGACCUUGUGAAUCCAUGAUGUUAGGGAUGUGGAUAGAAUAAGCAUAUUCCUGCUGUGGGCUAACAGUUCAGGGAUGCACUGUAUAGCCAGACUGUGGGAGGAGGGAGGAAAGAUGGAAAACCACUUAAAUGUGAAGGAACAGCAACAAGACCAGUAUGAUAUACCAAGGUAAUAAAUGCUGUUUAUGACUUCUUUAAAAAUAAAAAUAAAAAUAAGAAUAA